UCUCUUUCCCAUCCCUUUUACUUCCCAAACACACUAUUUUCCUUUUUCACACCCAAACUCUCUCUCUCUCUCUCUCAUUGAUCUGAUCAUCACUUCAAUUGUCCCCUUCUUACCACAUUUGCUACCACUCCUUCUUCAAAAUUCUCUUUGUUUCUUCUCUAAUGUAAACAAAUCAUUUUAUCCUUCAAAUUUUAGAGACAUACAUAACUCUGUUCUGGUUUGAAGACUUUUGCUAAUUAUUAAAAAAGAAAAGAAAGAAAAGAAAAGAAAGAAUUGCUUCUUUGUCACCUGAUCUGGAAAGGAUUAAUGGAAAACCAAUUCUUUCUGAAUGGUGGCAUGUCCCAUCACCAGCACCAUCCAAUUCAUCAGUUUGAAACCGCUUCAAUGCAAACAACAUGGCGUCAUCAUUCGUCAUCAUCAUCAUCCAUGGAAAUUCAUCAACAAAAUAAUGUUGCAAAUUGCUCACCUGAGAAUAAUAAUCACCAAAACCAAGAUUCCUUCUACAACAACAACAACAACACCGAUCAUAACAACCUUCAAUUUGACUCCUCAGCUUUGAGCUCAAUGGUUUCAUCUCCAUCAACAGCAGCACCGAAUUUCAACAUGAUCCAAAACGACAACAGUUUCGUCAUAAGAGAACUCAUCGGAAAAUUAGGAACAAUUGGAGGAAGCUCCGCUGAGAUCUCGCCACAUUCUCAAACCGUCGCUCUUUACAACAACAAUAACACUACUCCUUCUUCCUCGUGUUAUAGCACGCCGUUGAACUCUCCUCCGAAGCUCAACAUGCCGAAACCGCCGCCACCGUCAUCAUCAAUGGCUCUGAAUUCAGCAACCGUCGCUGAAUUCUCAGCUGAUCCUGGUUUCGCUGAAAGAGCCGCCAAGUUCUCUUGCUUCGGAAGCAGAAGCUUCAAUGGAAGAACAACCACAACAACAACUACUACUACUUCUCCAUUAGUCAUGAUAAACAAUCACAACAACAACAAUGGCGCAGAGUUGACUCAUCAGAGAUCUAAUCCAAUUCAUCGAGUCUCGAGUAGUCCAUCGCUGAAAUCGCUCGGAUCUCAAAUGGAGAAGAUAUGUUCUUCUCCUUUGGAAAUGGCUGCGAAUUCUUCUCAAGAGGAAUCUACAAUUUCAGAGCAGAAUCCAAAUGUAGAAGGUGCUGCUUUGAAAAUCGCUUCUUCUUCUGACAUGAGUUCAAGGAAAAGGAAAGGUUCUUCCAGAGCAAAAGCCAAAGACUCUACCAAGGGAGGUGAAGGUAGUGAAGAGUCAAAUGCAAAGAGGAGCAAGGGAAAUGAAGGUGAAGGAAAUGAGAAUAAUGGGAGAGUGAAGGUGGAAGAAGAAUCCAAAGGAGAAGAGAAACAACAACAGAACAACAAGAGUAACAACUCAAAGCCUCCAGAGCCACCAAAGGACUACAUUCAUGUCAGAGCCAGAAGAGGCCAAGCCACUGACAGCCACAGUCUUGCAGAACGUGUAAGGAGAGAGAAAAUUAGUGAGAGAAUGAAGCUUCUCCAAGAUCUUGUACCAGGCUGCAAUAAGGUGACUGGCAAAGCACUUAUGCUUGAUGAAAUCAUAAACUAUGUUCAGUCAUUGCAGCGCCAAGUUGAGUUCCUGUCUAUGAAAUUGGCUUCUGUUAACACAAGAAUGGAUCUUAGCAUUGAGAACAUUGUUCCAAAAGAUAUAUUUCAAUCAAAUCAUUCAUUGGCACACCCAAUUUUCCCAAUAGAUUCGUCAGCAACACCCUUUUAUGGCCACCAAUCCCAGCAAAACCCAGUUAUCCACAAUAACAUUCCUAAUGGUUCUUUGCCCCACAAUUCAGUGGACCCAUUAGAUUCUGCUUUGUGCCAAACCCUUGGCAUGCAAUUACCUCAACUAAAUGCCUUUAAUGAAAUUGGAUCUCAGUAUCCAUUAACUUUCUGUGAGGAUGACCUCCACACCAUUGUUCAAAUGGGAUUUGGCCAAACUUCAAACAGGACAACACCAAUUCAUUCCCCAAGUUUCGACGGUUCAAAUCAAGUAUCACAAAUGAAAGUUGAGCUCUAAUCUCCAUUCAUUGCGCCUGAAUUCAAGCCCAGAGGAAUAGGAAGACUGCUGUAUGCAACUAAAGAGAUUUUUAUUUUCCAACAACCCCUGAAUUAUUAUUAAGCAAUUAUUAUCGCUAGGUCUAUUCAAUAGAACCCUUCUUCUUUUUUUUUUUUUUUUUGUCUUUAAGUUAGUUUGUUCCUUUUUCUUUCUUUUACCCUUUUCAAUGAUUUUUAAUUUCUAAUCAUCUGGGGCUUCUAUUUUUUUUUAAUAAUAUUUUUUUGUACAAUUAUUCACUGUAAAAUCCUAGGACCUGAUUCUGUAUUAUUCUCUGGUGCAAAAUUCUUAUUAUUAUUAUUUGGCACCAAAUUUGUAAGAUAUAGUGGCUAAUUAAAGAAAAUUUUUUUUCUA